AUGCCAGUCACCACCGCCUUCACCAAACUCAUCGUCAAACUUUCUACUUUCCCCCACCUCAAGGCUUCCCAGAACAUCAUGGCAACCAGUAUCCGUCGCGUCCUUAUCUCACAUCAUGUUGUAGCUAUUGAAAUCCUACGUCCUGGUUUCAAAAAUGCUAUCACGGCUGCCGGCAACGUCGCCAAGGCUGCCAUCCAAGCACAACCUGGGACCGUCCAAGCACAGAGUGUCUUAGUACUGCCAGGGCACUCAAUCUAUGGCCGCAUUGAGGAGGCUUUGGUGGAGCACCGUAUACCGAAAACUCUUACUGACUCUAUACUCGUAAACUUUCUUUCACCGAACACUGCGAACACCCUCAAGCCAGGUAAAGAUCAAAUAUUUUGCUAUCGGAGGGGUUCCUUCGCCUUCAGAGAAUUUCCCAUCACGGUCCUAAUACCUUUGGUCGGUUCCGCUACCAUCGCCAUCGCGCCGAUGGGACCUGACAAGCCUGAUGGGACUUCCGUGCCCAAUGGGAAACCCGUCCCGAUCGUUUGGAACCCAGGAUACUAUAUAGUCGCAUAUGGCCCUUUCGAUAUUCAGGUUGGCGAUGAAGGCGGAAUCACGCUUAUAGUGAUCGGUUAUCAGAGGAGCGGCGAUGGGAAAGAAUCCGCGUGUAACCCUAAUCCAUGA